UUUUAAGUGAUCUUGUUUAUCAUAAAACACGAUCUUCUCUUUAUCUUGUUAAAAAAUUUUUAAUAAUUUCAAAUCAUUUCAAAAGUUUCCUUUAAAUAAAUGGUUGUUUUUAUAAAUUUCGCUUGAAAAAUUAUAAUUCAAAAACAACGUACUUAAUUUACAUACCAACUACCAACAAACUUAAAUUAAUAUUAAACUUAGUUUAGAAAAAAUAAACAUAAAUCCCAAAUAAAUCUUAGAAAAAUUAAUGUAGAAAAAAUAAUAUAAAGAAGGAAAAAUAAAAAAAAAACAUUACAAAUGUUUGCGUGAUAAAACAUUCUAAAAAUUUUAAGAAACCUCCCCCCAAAAAAACACAAAAACAAAACUCUCCCCUCAACAUCCUAGAAAUACAAAUCCAAAAUAUUUAUAUUAAAAGCAACUUGCAGCAGAGAGAAACAAUGUUUUACGACCUCUUGACAAGAAAUUCCAAUGAAUAUUUCUAUCAAGGUCCGGCAGGUCGAAAAAAAGGUGAAAGAGCUAAACACGAACACGAAGCAGAAGAAAAAGAAUUUAUAAAUUUCUUCUCCAAGCAGCAGCAAAACACCUUUGGGCCGCAAGAAACAAGGCAGAAAUUAGAAAGAGCUGCCAACAAAAUGGCUGUUAAUAAAAAGAAACAAACAAUAAUGAUGGCGUCUCAAGAUGAGCACGAGGAGUCAAAGGAUAAAAAGACGCCAUCAUUAGAGCAAGAAAUGAAUUUGGCUCGAAGGGCAUGUUGGUGCAAUAACAAUUUGGAUGACUUAAAGGGUCAACAACAAGAACAACAAAUUAAACAAAAAUGCUGUGAGAAUUGCUUUAAACGUCUAAAUAAGGACAACAAACACGAUAAUGAUAAUGUUAAUGAAAAAGAAAAUGUUAUUAAUGAAAAAAAUGAAGAGAAUGAUGAUGAUGAUGAUGAUGAUGAUGAUGAUGAAGAAGAUGAUGAUGUUAAUGAAACAACGGUUUUGAAUGGUGCUAAAAACUUUAGUAAAAAUAUUAAUAAACUUAAUAAAACUACUAAUAAUGAUAAUACAAACACAACUACAACAACAACAACUAUAAAUAGUAAUAGUAAAAUGUUUAGUAAUACAAAUACUAACACAACUACAAAUAGUUUAAGUAAAAGAAAAAAUCUUAUAAAUAAGCACAAAAUGGAGACAGGAAAUGAAACUACUACAAUUUCCUCUUCCUCUACAAUAUCCAAAGAUGCUGCUGCUAAUAAUUCCUCUGUCUCUGACUCUGCCUCCUUCCCCACCACUAUAAAUAAUAAUGCCACAAAUUGCAAUAAUAGUCUUAGCAACAACAACAAUAACAAUAACUUCACAGCCUAUUUGCGUGUUGUGCUUCUACAACUGUGGUUGGCUUUUGUGGAAUUUUGUGAUAAAAACACUAUUAAAAAGAAUGAUCCACGUUUUGCUCCCUAUCGUCCAACGGAUCAAAAACAAGAUCAACAAAAAUCACAACAACAACAACAGCAGAAUUCGACACCUAAUAAUUCCUCCUCAACGAAAGCGAAAAAACCUUUUCAAUUUAAAUUGUUGACAAAUAAGAAAAUAAUUUUCUUAUUUAUUGUCUGUGUUUUCUUUUCCUGUGUCAAUCGCAUUGAAGCCCGUCCAAAUUUGGAAAGUUCUAAUAAUGCUAUAGUUGGCGAAGCCUCACCAGGCGUUGUAGCUAGUAGCAAUGAUGGCGGUGCAAAUGUUAAGGCCAUGGAUAAUAGUGUUUCCGGUAAAAGUAAUGUAAGUCCAUACAAUUUAAAAUUAAAAAAAUUAGGAAAAAAAGUUUAAGAAAUUUUUUAAGCA